GGCUGGGGUCAGCGUGGCAGGCACCCGAGCCCGUGAAGCGCGGCUGCGGCGCUGCGCGGGUAUAAAGCGGCGCCACCCCGCCGCCGACUCGAUCAUUCCGGUCGUGUCCACCCAGUCACCCACCCACCGCGAGAGCACCUAGCGAAGCAAGGCUUUCGUCGUGGAGCGAGCCGUGAGCGAGAGGGCGAUGGAGGCGGUGGGAGAGGAGAAGGGAGCGACGGUGGCGGAGGAGGGGAAGAUGAUGAAGGAGCAGGGAGAGAAAGGAGUGGUGGCCUCGACCUCGGAGGCGGAGAAGGAGAAGAUGGUGGAGGCGAAGGGAGAGAAGGCAGUGGCGGCAUCGGAGGCAGAGGGUGGGAAGAUGGUGGAGGGGCAGGGAGAGAAGGCAGUGGCGACCUCGGAGGCGGAGGAUGUGAAGAUGGUGGAGGGGAAGGGAGAGAAGGCAGUGGCGACCACGGAGGCGGAGGAUGUGAAGAUGGUGGAGGGGAAGGGAGAGAAGGCAGUGGCGACCACGGAGGCGGAAGAUGUGAAGAUGGUGGAGUGGAAGGGAGAGAAGGCAGUGGCGGCCACGGAGGCGGAGAUAGGGACUUCGGAACCGAAGGAUGUGGCUGGCGGGAGGCUUAUCACCUUGAAGAGCUCGGACGGCAAGGUUCAUCGCGCGUCGGUGGCGGCGGCACAGCUGUCGGUGAUUCUCAGCGGCAUGAUAGAGGAAGUCGUCACCGACGACGAAGUCGUCAUAGUCCCUUUAGUCGACGGGCCCACCCUGGUCACGGUGCUGGAGUACUGCACCAAGCACGCCGAGGUCGCGGCCGCCGCCAGAGGCACCAGCGCAGUCGCUUUCGCCACGGCGUCCAAGGCCCUCGAGGCUUGGGACCGCGACUUCCUCGACCGCCUCACCAUGGACGCGCUCCACGACCUCUUCGUCGCCUCCAACUUCCUCGAAAUUCAAGGGCUCCUCAACGCCAUCGCUCAGAAGGCCGCCGACGUGAUCAAGGGCAAGACCACCGAGCAGAUCCGGGACGCCUUCAACAUCGUCAACGACCUCACCCCGGAACAGGAGGCGACGGCCGCGGAGCUGCGUCGGAAGUACACCUGGGACUACCAUCCAGAAGCCUGAGCCUAACAGUUUGUUCCAUGCUGCUCUAACCAUCUAUCUCACCACAUCUGCCACCCUAGCGGAAGGUUCCCCGUGUUCCACUUCCUCCCAUUCCCAUCGUAGUAUAGCAGCUGUCUCGCCUCUCGCGUCCAUAGGGUUCUGAUCUGCUCGGUCUAAUAAGUACUGGCUUGGCAUUUUCAUUUCGUCCUGUUGAAUGUGCGGUGGAACUAAGUCUGAACUUGCUUGCCUGAAGCGAAUACAUAUCAGAUAUCACAUUCUGAAUUGCCUGUCAUUUCUGAUUGAUA